AUGUUAAUUAGAAAAUAGUUACUCAAAUAAGUAAAAGACUAAGAAGUUGUUGAUUAUAAUCCAUCGCAUAGAAUUAGCUAGACUUUAUAAUAUAAGAAUAGUGAAUCAAUUUAGGAGGAGGAAGAACACUCCUCUUUAUCAUAGAUUUGUUAUUUGAAGCCAGUCUUUUUAUAGACUUGUCCUUAACAACCGAUAGACCUUUAGAGUAGUGAAGAUUAAAAGGUCCCCACAAUAACAAAUAUAGCUUCUCAUAAGAGUUCUGAGAAAUUACAAUAAAAAUCUGAUUCAAAGAAAUUAGUUUUAAUUCAUAAUGAUAGUUCACUUAUUUAUUCUUCGUCUCAAAUAUAAUCUCAAUUGUUAUCAGAUCAUAAAUAGAAACUAACAAUUGAUUAAGGGAGAGUUAAGAUCAUAGUAAAUUAGAUAAAAUAAAAGUUAUUGAAUUCAAUUCAUUAUUCAAAAUAUAAUGAUCCACUUGUAACAUAAGAAUAAGAUAAUGGUAUUAUAUUUUAUAUAAUUUUAGUAUCUCCUUUGAGAUAUUAUUAUUUUACAAUGUAUGUAUUUUUCUCUGUAAUAAUUUCAAAUUUAAUAACCCUUAUAUUUAUACCAAUUACAAUUGUUUUCAAUGGACCAGAAAUUAUAUAUUAAAUAGCUUUUGGUAUUAAAAUGUGGACACUUUUAUAGGAUGUAUAUUUUUAAAGAGGUCCAUAUAAAUUAUUUAGAGGAAAGUUGAUUACUAAUUUUAAGGAUUAAAAUAAAAUAUAUUUAGACUCAUUUCGAACUAUAUCUACAAUAGCAAUUAUAUUUUUUAAAUUUGAUAAUGAAAUGACUCUAAUGAUAUUAAUAUUAUUAUUAAUAAUUUCAGAUUUGAUUAGAACUUUAGAACCUUUUGAAAAUAUUUACAGAUCUACUCAUUAUAUAAUAUUCAUAAUAUAAUUAUGGAUAUCAAUCAUAGUUAUGUGUACAUGUUUUUUGAAAAGUAUAUUUAUAAAUUUAUUAAGAGUGUUUAAUGAAGAGGAAUAUACUCUUAGAUAUUAUAUAACGUAUUCGAUAUCAUUGAUUACUUAAAAUUCAAAUUUAUGUAUUAAAUGAUAAAGUAAUUUGAGCUAUGGAGAUUACUGAAUAAAAUUCAUUAAUAAUUUCAGUCUUUAUGUUGAUCUCAUAUUUAUGUUAUGCAUACACAUUCAUAUUAUUAUUUGUUUGGAUCAAACCAGGUAUAGAGAUUCAAGAAGAGAAACAAAAAUUAUUGAAAGGAUUUGUAGAAUUAUUUAAAGAGAAAUGUAGAGAUUAAGAUUUAUUAAGAAGAUGUUAUUCAUAUUUAGAUUUUAGAAUUGAUGUAACAAUCAAUAAUAUUAUAUAAAUAUAUAGGAAGAUCUAGGUAGAUCAAAAGAUCAAUUAACUAAAAAGUUAAGUCCUGCAUUAUAGGAUGAAAUUGAAAUAUCUUUGAGAACAAGAAUGAUUGAUAAAAUAGAAUUAAUGAAUAGAUUCUCACCUUAAUUUAAAUAGUAAUUGUUGUAUGCAAUUGAAUAAGUGACUUUUAAUCCAGAAGAUAAUAUAAUAAUAGUAAAUAUAAUUAAAGAAUAUUAUAAGGAACAUUAAAUUGAGGAUUUGGGAUUGUAUUACAUUCUUAAAGGAGAAGUAAAGGUAUAAUUUUAAGGAUCAUCUCUUGCCAAUAAUAAAAGAUCAGUCACUCGUUUAAAGGAAGGUUAAGCAUUUGGAUAAUACUCUUUUAUUUCUGGAAUACCUUCAAAUAUAAGUAUAUAUAGUUGUGGAGUCACAACUUUAAUGAAACUAAAGAGAUCAGAAUUUAUGGAUAUAAUUUCAAAUUUUCCAUAAGAUAAUGAGAUAUUUUGUAUGAUGAAAGACAAUUCAUGUUAUAAUUAACAUUUAUUUGACUGUUAUUAUUGCAAAAUUAAAGGUCAUUAUAUUUUAGAGUGUAAUCAUAUUUAAUAUUUCCCAUAAAGAUAAAAUGUUAUUGAAAAAUAUUUAUACAGUAUUAAAUAGGUUCGUCAAACAUAUACAAGAAAAAAUAAAAAAUAUUUAACUUUGAAAAAUCUCAUAUAAAAUUAAGAUAAAGCUAAAUUAGUUAUUAAUAAAUAAAGUUAAGAUAUAAUGUCAGAAGAACUUCCUGAAGCAUCAUAAUUACCAUAUUCUGAAAGUAUAUCUCUAGAUGUAAUUAGAUUAAACUUAUUCUGUAAGUUAUGUUAGCAAUUCUAUGGCAUAUCAAAAGGCUAGUUAAGAUUAACAAGUUUCCAAUAGUAAUGUAAAUGUUGAUAGUUUAGAAUAAUUAAAUUAUGAAUAAGAAUAAUAUGAAGAUAUACAUCCACCUAUAUUGGAUUCAUCAAUUAAAAGAGGACGUCAAAAUUCAAAUAAAACAUCUCAUCGAACUGCUGGAUUUGUUGGAAAUCCAUAAAGUUAAAAUUAUUCAACUUUAGAUAAAGAUGAGAAAGAAAUUCUAUUUUAAUUGCAAGAAGGAUAGAAAAACGAUUUAGUUAAUUAAAAAUAAUUAUUUUUAUCUUCUAAUAAUAGGAGUGGUCCUAAUAAAUUGACAUUUCAAUUUUAAAAAGAAAUUGCAUCUUAGACAAAAUAGGAAAUAAUUAAAUAAGAUUUUAUUUAAUAAUAGUUCUCUUAUGGAAAUAUGAAAUAAUCUUUAAGAUAACCAACUAAUAGAUCUCAUACAUAUACAAAUUCAUAUUCUAAAGAUAUCUCAAAUUAUCCAUCUUCAAAUUCUAGAUAAAAUAAAUCAUUGAAAUUAUCAAGUCAAACAAAAGAUAAUGGUAAAAAGACAAAUAGUGCAAAUACUUAAUCAGAUGAAAAUAAAUAUAAAUAAAAGAGUUAAAGAACUGGAACAAAGUAAAGUAAUUUAGUUUAGUAAUCAUAAUUCUAAGCUAUUACUUCUCCUGAUGUAAUUGUAAAUGAAAUUUUAGAAUCAAGGAUAUUUUAUAAAUGAUGCCAUUUUUAACAAAUUUGAAAAAAUGAAAAAUUAUUAGAUCUACUAUCCACAUAACAAUUAUGAUUAAGUCAUCAUUAGAUAACAAACUUAUUAAAUUGGUAUUCAUAAAAAAUAUAAAAAACCAUUUGUAUCACCUUAUUCCAUUAAAUGUUUUGUAAUAUCUAAGAUUCGUAGAGUAUAUAAGUUAAUAAAAUAAUGA